UAGAUUCUAUUGUAAUGUUUAUCUCUCAUUAACUAAUGUUAAUCAAUUUCUUUUAUCGCAAUUAACCGUCUUAUUGGUUUAUCGGGACUUGAAAUUAUUCUCGCAUUGAUUGGUUAUCAUUCUGAUGAUUCUUAACCGUCAUCAUAAUGUUCAAGAAGUUGAAAGAUGAAAUUCAACAGAAACAAGGAUUUACCUCUAAUCUUCUUGAAACUGGUGUCGGACUCAUUGACAAUUUAGUUUCGAAUGUAAAAAAUUUCGAUGGUAACAAUCCAUCGACCAGUACAUCUCGUAGUCAUUCACCACGUUCAACUAUAUCAGAGAAUAUGGAUCAGUUAACUAAUUCAAGUAAUACCGUUGAUUCAUCUCAAUUCAAUCCAACUCUUAAAGAGCCGAUGGUUUCUGUUGCACCACAAAAAGAUAAGGUUGUACCAUCAGGGAAUGAGACUGUUAAUCAAGUAAAGAAACAAGAAGAUUUGAUUCAAUUAGCUGAUAAUAAUGAACCAUUGCAGAGAGAAGUUGAAUCUUUGAAGAAAGAAAAGUUUGCUCUUGAGGAGGAAUUAGCAACAAUCAAGGAUCAAAUACAGAUUGACAAUAACGAAUUAGCUGAUAUAAUCGCUCAAGCUCAAGAAAAAGAUCAAGAGUUAAGAAAUUUAGAGAAAAGAUGUUCAGACCUCGAAAAUCAACUCGAUAAAGUUCAGAAAUCACUACAGACCAAAGAAGAAGAAUAUCUGGAAACUAAAGCUGAAUUGGAGGCAAUGAAAGAAGAAAAUUCAAUCCUCAAGACUCAAAUCGAACAACAAAUCGAAAAGCUUGAAGAACAUGUUUCCAAUUCUUUACAAACUAAAGAAAGUGACAUGAAAGAAUUACAAGAAAAAUAUAACCAAUUGGAACAAGAAAACAACAGUUUAAAAAGUAAUUCAACAGAUAAUGGAGCCGAAAUCAAACAAUUAACCGAUGAAUUAGUCACCAGAAAAACCGAGAUUGAUAAAUUAAAAGAAGACAUGAAAAUUUUGGAGAACCGUUUUCACGAGGAAAAGGAUGAACUGAAUUUAAAAAGUAAACAACAGUUUAAUCAAAUACAAGAGAAAAAUCAACAAUCACAAUCUCUCCUGGAAGAAAAAGAUUCACUGUUAACAGAAAAGGAAACACGGAUUAAAAAAUUGGAGGAAAGUCUAUCAUCAUACCAAACACAAUCAGAUAAAUUAACGAAAUCUCUGAUGGAUAAAGAUCAAACAAUUGCUGAUCUGAAAGAAAAAUUACUCGAAACUGAGAAAAGUGCAACGGUUAAAACUCGUGAACUGGAAAAGGUCAAAGAAACGAAAGAAGGUACAAUCAAGAAACUGGAAGAUGAUGUGAAGAAAUUGCGAGAAGACUUGAAGAAAAAGGAAGAUACGUUGACGGAAAAAUCAUCGAACACAAAGAAAUUGGAAGAGACUGUAGCAUCAUCGAAAACUAGAAUGGUUAAAUUGGAGAAAACCUUGGAAGAGAAGACGAAACAAAUCACUGAAUUAAAAGGAAAACUAAUUGUUUCCGAGGCUGCUCUAAGUGACAAAUUGGAAGCAGUUAAAAAAUUAGAUGAUAGUGUAUCAUCUUACAGGGGAAAAUUGGCCAACAUGGAAAAAGUGUGUAAAGAGAAAGAUGAACUGAUAAAUGAACUAAAUCCAAAAGUUGAUUCGUAUAUGAAACAAUUGAUUGAGAAAGAUUCAGUGAUAGAAGAUCUUGUAAAAGAUAAAUCAUUGUACGAGGAAAAGGAGAAACUGUUUACAGAUAAAGAAUCGCUGAUUCAGUUAUUGGAAAAGAAAGUAUUGGAAAUGGAACAGCUGAUGGAAAAUAAUGCGGAUCAAUUAUCUUCAUGUAAACUUACACACACCAAGGAGAUUGAGGGUUUACAGGAUGAAAAUAGAAAAGAGUUAAAUUUAUUGGAGAAACAAUAUGAAGCCAAAUUCGCAUCACAAUCAUCAAUUCUGAAGCAAUAUCAACGUGAAAAUAGUGAAGCCAAAAGUGAACUGGAUUCAUUGAGAGCUCAGUUAAAUGAGAUAAAAUCCUUGAAUGAAUCUAAUCUUAAGGAGAAAGAGGAACAAAUUGUUAACUGUAAUAGUGAAUUAAGCCAGUUAAAGAUUGAAUUGGAAGAUUUAAAAUCAAAACAAUCAGCUAAUCAGGAGACACUUUUACAAGUUGGUUUACUACAAAAUGAGGUGAAGGAGAAACAAACAUCAAUCGACUCUUUAAAUGACACUAUCACAUCUUUAGAAUUAAAAGUUUCAGAAAAACAAAGUGAAAUAGAAAGUCUAAUGGAGAGAUUUAACAGUUCAGAGGAUAAAAUCAUCUACGAUUAUAAAAAGGAAAUUGAUUUACUGGAAACUGAAUUGUCGGAGAAAAAUUCAGCACUGGAAGAAGUUCAUCAACAUUAUAAGCAAAUUUUGGAUGAAAAGGAGACACAAUUAAAGCAAAUUCACAACGAAUUUAAUUCAUCAUCAGUUAAUGAACACUCUUUCCAGGUUAAGGCCAUGCAGAAAUCACUGUUACAAUAUCAGGAGGAAAACUUGAGACUGAAAGAGUUGCUUGAUAUUAGACAAAAACAAGAAUCUAACAAUUUGGGUAACACUUCAUGUAAUCUUCCUGAACCCACUGAAUAUGAAUAUCUCCGGAAUAUCAUAUUUGAAUAUAUGAUGGGAAGAGAGCCAAUGACUCUUGCCAAGGUGAUAGCUGCUGUAUUGAGAUUCAGUAAUGAUCAAACGGAACAAUUAAUCCGACGACAAGAGCAUCUUAUUGCUACAACUAGUUUAAUGCCAUUAAGAUGAUUGAUUAAUGAUUAGUUACAAUUAGUUUAAUAUAUUUAUCGAAAAACAAAAUUUGUAUUAAUAUUUUCAUACUUAUGAGAGGAACCACAUUGGAAUUGACAAUAAUUAAGGAAACAAUCAAAAAGAAACCUACCAAACUAUUGAUUGAAAUACGUGCAAACAAUUCUGUUAAUCAUCGCCAAUUUUGUUACAAUUAACGAUGAUAAUUUUUUAAUUUUUCCAUCUUAUCAUUAACCCUCCACUUUACCAAUUAACUUUCUCAAAUAUCUCUUUUCCUAAUUCUAAUCUCUCCUCUUACUGAGUAAUUUAAUUAUAUCUCAUUUUGUUUAAUUUAAUCAAGAUAA